AUGACGAAAAUCAACUCCCUUGAGUCACUCCCCGCUGACUGCCAAAAGUUAUUAUGGAUCUGCGAAUCAGUAUGGGAUAUAAACGAAUCGAAUUUGUUCGAAAUCAGGCAAAAGAUCGUUUACGCGCUCGAAAAUAAUAUUUUAACGGAGCGUAACGUUGUUAAAAUCUUGAAUUCCGUUUUCUCCAUAAGAGUUAGAAAGAUGAAGCUCAUCGCUGACCUGUUAGAGCAGUUACUUACCCAAGACAAAGUCUUAUUAAAAGAGAAAUAUUUCUUAUAUGCCAAAGAAUUGAAGACAAUUUUAAUCAGAAGAAAAGCCCUUGAAGGUGAUGUUCCUCCAGAGUACGAAGAAAAGCAAGAAGAAGACAUCCUUCAGAUUUAUGAAAAAGGAACUGUCGAAUAUUGCAUUGUUUGGGACGAUUACGAGACAUUAGACAAACUUUACACAGCUGAAGGCUUCAUGUUCGAUGACAAGAGGCAUCACAAAUCAAUUCUUUCAUGUGCUGCCUUACGCGGAUCAGUAAAUUGCUUCAAGUACUUGGUUUUAAAGGGCGAAAAGAUCACACAAGAAGAUUACGAAUACGCUUUCGCUGGAAAUAACAAAGAAAUCCUCGAAAUGUGCGAAAAAGAUUUCCAAGUCACCCCACAGUGCAUUGAUAAUGCUGUUAAGUGGCAUCAUAACAAAAUGGUCCAAGAGAUAAUGCAGAAUCAUGAGCUUGAAUACUCCUGGAAUACUUCAUUACAAAAUUAUAAUCUUCCAUGUUACUUUACAAAGCUUUUCAAGAUAAAUUACGUCAACUUCAAGGAUAUUCAUCAAGAUAACGCUCUCAUUGUCGCUGCAAGAUUCGGAUUAGUUCCAAUUGUCAAAUUAUUACUUGAUGAAGAGAACGCAGGCAUCGAAGAGGUCAACAAAUACGAUCAAACAGCUCUUAUUGCUGCUUGUGAGAACAAUUUUGUCGGCGCAAUGAAAGUUUUAAUCGCUCAUCAAGCAAAUAUCAACGUUCGCGAUGUUUUUCAGCGUACACCACUCAUUUCCGCUACAAACUACAAUGCAGUUGAUGCUGUUAGACUCCUUCUUGCCAACGGAGCUAAAGUAGAUGACGUAGAUGAACAAGGAAACUCAGCACUUCACAUAACCGCCAGAGAAAAUUUUGUCGAAAUUUUAGACAUUCUUCUUGAGUACAAAGCCAAGAUUGAUAUAAAGAACAAUGAUGGAUUGACACCGCUUUGGUUGGCAAGUAGCGCAGGCCAUCCUGAAAUUGUUAAAACUUUGAUAUCUCAUGGAGCAGAUAUUGAAGUUAAAAACCAAGAUGGAUGGACACCAUUGAUGAUUGCUGCCCAGUUCAAUCGUCAUGAAGUUGCCAAAUGCUUAAUGGACGCAAAGGCUGACGUAAAUGUGAAAACUGCUGACGGAUUGACAGCAAUGGAUAUUGCAAAGAACCAUGGAUCACGUGAUGCAUACAGAGUGCUUCGUGGUAAUGCUUAA